CAAGACGACAAGAUUGCUUUGACCUCGCCUCUCGAUAUCAACGCUAAUGAUUACAAGUACUUCACCGGCAGGAUGCGGCUGACCGAAGAUGAGAUCUACCGCUCCUCUACUCAGUUCCGCCUCUGGUCAUUUACGCCCGAAGCGCUGGCCUCGCUGCGUGCCACCACCAAUUCUACUGCAACUCAACGCGUCAAAGCAGCUGUCAAACGUCUGAGAGAGUCGAGGAAUCAGAGCGAGACCAACAGCGAAGCCGAGAAUGGAACUUCAACACCUGUCAUCUUCAACCGGGAGCCGGACUGUCUCACCGUGGAAGAGGAAAUGAAGGUCGUAGAAGCCUUCUGCGGCAGGGCCAUCGUACUGGGAAAUGUCUUGGAAUUUCCCAGCAACGUGAUUGCUACGGGCGUGCAAUACCUAAGGCGAUUCUACCUCUUCAACUCUCCUAUGACAUACGAGCCUAAGUCUAUAAUGCUGUCUGCCAUGUUCCUUGCAAACAAGAUCGAAGACAACAAGAUGGAAUGCGCAGACUACGCCGCCCGUAUAACCGGUACAACCAAAGAACAAGUACUGGCUCCCGAGUUCCUCAUCACACAAGCUCUCCGCUUCACAUUUGAUGUACGGCAUCCGUUUCGUGGUUUGCAGGGAGGGCAUAUGGAGAUGUUGGCAAUUGCACAAGGGAAAGCUGCUGUGCUCCCAUACGUUGAGAAGACGGCUGCCGAAUUCCAGCAAGAAAUGCUCGAACUACCCACACAGCCUGGAGGUGCGGCUACCAAAAUAACCCAGCGUGAGCUUGAGAAACGACUCAAUGCAGCUACGGACAAAGCGAGAGAUACUCUGAAGUCUUCUGCCAUACAGUCGGAUGCUUACUUCCUUUACACGCCCUCACAAAUCUGGCUUGCAGCUUACCUCCUAGCCGACGAAGUCCUCGCCUUAUUCUAUCUCUCCUCCAAAUUCCCGGGCACCAUUGACGCUGAGACUCCGACAGGCAUCGCCAAGUUGAAGAUCGUAGCCACUGUUCGAGCAUGCGCCGUUCUUCUGGCACCAGACCCAGCCCUACAGAAGUUGAGCGCUGAAGAGAAGGAGGCGAAAAGACUGGAGGAAAUUAACGAAGUAAAGGCAAUCCACGUUAAGCUUCGCCACUGCCGAGACCCUGAUAAGAUGGACUUGGUGAAGCUUAACAAGGCGCAGAAGCGGGAUGCCGGGGUAGAAGGUAAGCUAGAGGAGAGCGUUGCCAAGAGGCGGAAGCUGGAGAGAGAGAAGAAUGAAAAGGAAGCCGAUGAGUUCUGGGGCCCGGAACUUCCCAAGAAUGGGAAGAAGGCAUAGACUUAUGCCAUAAUCAUUGCAAGGCGUUUUGGAUCUGGCAAUAAGAGAUUGAGACAAUAUCUCAGUUAGGUAAGCAUUUCAGGAGUUUUAAGGGGUCUGCAAGGUAGGCCAUGCCUUCGGAGAUGAAUAAAUUCCUGUUGUCGUUCUGAAUGACCUUCAACUGCUCUUGCGAAGUGACGGAAUGACUUCUCUGUUCGUGCAUCGCAAAGCAAUCUAGACGACACGUAUGAUCAUUUUAAACAGUCUAAAAGCCAUUGAGGCAUCCUAGACGGCGAUAUCACUGCUCCAAAGGGAC